UCCUAACUCACUCUGUGUACAUUGAUUUGAGGGCUGUCGCAAGCCGCCCUUGUCGUCAAAUCGAAAGCAAAAAAAAAGCUAGUGUUGUGAUUAGAAAUCGAAGUUUUCAUCUGUUGUGUAAGCUUCGAUAGCACAAGUUUGCCAUCGGAAAGAUUCUCACUCAAAAGGGCGGUAAUUUGGUUCAGUUGAUGCACCGAACAGACGGGUGAAAUACUGCAAAAUGGCUUCGACAAGCUGGUUUUCGCAACAAGAGAAACCUUCGCCAGAUUGUUCCCUACUGAACGACACCAACACCGGGCAGCGGUUCUGCCGGCUGUGUCUAUCUAAGGAGCAGCAGCUUAGGCCACUUUUCCCACCAGACGGGUUGCCGGAUGAGACAUUGUUGCAGCGAAUUCUGAACUGUUUAACAAUUUCGCUUUCCUUUGACAAAGACUACGACUCGUUCAUUUGUCGGAUUUGUAUCCAGGAGGUUACCAAGUUCUUUUUCUACAAAGAACAGUGUCUGACGAAUGAUUCGAUUUUACGGGGCUAUCGAAAAUCGGAUAAGAACCCCUUUGCUGGAGAUGAAACCGAGACCGACAACGUCAAUGGUGAUAGCGACAGCGAAGAAGAAUUUGACGGGGAUCCUAUUGAUUCGGAUGAAUUUGAUAUUCGGGACGUUGAGGAUGACGACAAUGGGUUUGGUGAGGGGAACGAACACGAUGAUGAGGUUGAUGAUGAUGAUGAUAGCAGAGAAGACGACGGGGACGACGACGAAGACUAUGAUGACGAACCGAUGCAGAUGUCGGGGGGUACGUUGAAACCGCUACCGAAACAACGAGCUCGCAGAGACAACGUCCAGGACUACUAUCAUGGAGGAUUCCGAUAUACUUGUGCCACCUCCCGAGCAAACGGGAAAGUGCAUUGGCGGUGCAUGUACAAGUCUAAGCUCAAAUGCCGUGCAGCAAUUCUCGUGGCUUCCGAUGGAACAGUUACUAGAGGUCCAAAUCGGCACAAUCACCAUGCGGACAGUAAACCGACGGUUCACCAACCAUCGAAUGGACGUAUUGUCGAUGUUCACACAGGCAAGAAGGUGACCUUUCGAUUGAUUACGAGCGAUCGCAGCAGAAUAAAUCAUAUGCAAAUCGUUUGCGAUGGGUACAAGUUCCGCUACGCGAGAACUACACAAAAACAGACAACCUAUUGGCGAUGCAUGAAACACAAUGGGAAGGAAAACUGCAAAGCGGUGCUCUCUUUCAAAAUGGACUUUAGCAGUUGCUCGUCGAAUGGGCAUUUACAUAACCAUCCGGCACAGUACAGUGUCGAAGCGCCGGUGCAAACCACAACCAACGAUGAUUUUCCACCGAAACCGCAGCUGAUGAUCUGCACCAAUGGCAAGACUGGGAAGUUGUCGAAUGGCCCCAAUCAGAAAGGCCGUUGGAACGUGAUGCUUCACAAUAAUUACGAGUUCGGAUUUCCCCGGGCCGAUCGGAUGAACAUGCGCUGGGCUUGCUACAAGAAAAGCUCGUUCAACUGUCCGGCCAAUCUGUACACGAACCGGGGCGGCCGGGUCGUCAAGGAAAGCGAAUGGGCACACAACCAUGGCCCAGGGGAUGACUACGAAAAGAAUGCCAUCAUCGAGGGUUACAUGUUGGACGCCAAAACCAACGAACAGAUUCCGUACAAACUGAUCCCAGGGAAGCGGGGUCAGCGUUUUGUCGUGCACAAUGGCUACCGAUACUCGUCGGAUCGGUUGAUCAGCGAUGGUCGGAUUGCGUGGAAGUGUACGAAGUGUAAGGUGUUUGUUGUCAUCGCCGGUCGGUUCGGAACGAUUGAAGAUCGCGGCAUAGAACACGAACAUGAGCGGGACGAGAACGACACACUUUUAGGGCAACAGGACGAAUUGACACCGUUGACGGAUGAUUUGGCACAAAUGGUCGAACUCGACGUGAAACGCGAGCGACUUGAAGACAAUGACGAUUAUGAUGAUGAUGAUGAUGAUGGUGAUGGAAACGAGGAACAGCCGAAUGAGAAUGGAAACGAUAAAUUAGAAGCCAACGAUGAUUUGUUCAUUAUUCCGUAAGUCGCGUUCGGUUGUGGUGAGCGUUUGUGUACUGAUAGGUUUAGAGUAAUCAAUUUCCAACCUGAUAGUCAUUAGAGUCGUAAGCUGUAAGGAAUUAUUAAUAAUCUCAUUUAUUUAGCUCCGGCUUUUAAGCUGCGAGGAACUCGAGAAUACAUUUUGACUUUUGUGCUCGUUUAUUGCAUUAACAUUGAUUGUAAAUAUAGA